GGCCGGCGGGCGGUGGGAGCCCCGUGGCUCGGCGAGCUGAUGGCCGGCGGCGGGGGAGCAGGGCGCUGCGGGCCCCGCGCACCCGGCGCAGCGCCGGCCCCGGCCGCGGCCGCGGCGCCUGUGGGGCGCUGAGGGCUCCGCGCCCGCGCUCGCUGCUCAGGCAAGGUGCGCUGAGAGGGGGAGAAAACGGGAGGAGGGAGAGCGGCGGAGAGCGGCAGAGAGGCAGAGACUGGCGGGUCUGCCCCGGCUGCUGGCUACCGGCUACCUCACCCCGGCGGCGCAUCCUGGCAGAUGACGGAGUAACUCACCCGCGCCUGGCUUUUUUUUUUUUUUUUUUUCUUUUUAAUUUUUUUAAGGGGUGGGAGGUGUUUGCUAUUUUAUCCUAUUUUUUUUCCCUCUGUGUGCGUGUGUGUAUACAAAUACAUCGCCUCCGCUCAGGGAGCAGGAUAUUUCAAACCCCAAACUAUGGCUUUUCAAAAAUCGCCCGAUGCCUCCAACGCCACGAGGAAAAAUCCCAGCCUCCUGGAGAUAGGAGCCUUGUGCUUGGACUCGGAGAUCAUCUUCGGCUUCACCAGCCACCUCCUGCGGAGGAAAGCCAGGGUGGCGGAGGGGAGCGGGGUGCGGGAGCUCUCCCCGCGGAAGAGGCCGCCGGCCGCCGCCGAGGAGGAGCGCUGCGCCAGCCGCCCGCCGCCCGAGGGAAAGGGAGCCGCCGCGGGCAGCGAGCCGCGGCCGCUGGAGCGGGCGGCGGCCGGGGGCUGGUGCCGCAGCUGCCAGGCGCAGCUGGCCGAGCUGAGGAGGCAGGCGGCCCGGCUGGCUGCCGGCGGCUGCCCGCCCAACGCCCCGCCGGACCCACGAUUAUCAGCUUUAAUUUUUGACAAGCUUCAAGUGCCUGACUAUUUGCAGAAAAACAGGAAUGAAGGAGAGAGCAGAUGUGAGACUUGUGCCACUCACUUGAAUCAGCUGAAGCAGGAAGCCAUUCAGAUGAUGCACACCCUCAGCCAGACCAGCUACCCAGAGAUGCCCGACCUCCCGCCUGGCGCCGGGGCAGUGACCAGCAUGGUACCCAGGAUGGUCACUGUCUCUUCCCAGAGGGACCUGCCACUCAUUGCUGGGCAGGUGGGCAGGCAGCCUGGAAAGCCUCCCAGUCUCUUCUCUGCAGCAGAGAGGAAGAAAGGACUCGGAUGGUCUCAAGGUGUGGGCAGCUUUCCCAACUCCAGCGUUCAAGUGACAGUGGCCCCCAGCGGUCUCAGUGGUGCCCUGAGCUCUGUCACCAUCCAAGCUCAGCAGUACCUCGAGGGCAUGUGGAGUAUCUCCAGAGUGAACAGCUUCCUGCCUCAGGCUUGUCUACAGGGGGAGGCAGCACCCGAAAGCAGCCGAGAUGUUGCCAGUGCUCAGAUCGGCUCAGGGCAGCCCAGCUCGGACCCCGCGGGCACGGCCGCGCCCCAGAGCGUGGUGGCUCCAGCCGGGGUCUCGGCAGGCACCUCGGCUGCAGCUUCCUUCUUCAUAAGCUUGUCAAGAGGAGCACUUCUCCUGCCUCCCCCUCAGGCCAGCCCUCCCAGUCUGCCUGCUUUUUUGGUUCCUGGACUCCUGAACACCAGCUCUGACUCCGUUAUUUGGGGCUCCUCAGCUUGGCAGCAGUGGCAGCUGCACUGGUGGUUUUUCUGCAGUGGGAACGGAGCAUUCCAUAGAGCAGCACAGAAGCUUAACCUGUCUUCGAAGAGAAAGAAAUGCCAUCCGCCCCUGCCACACACACACGACUUCUCUAUUUAUGCUACUAACUUCAGUGGCAUCCUGCAGCUCUGUCCGCCCCCAGCACCACCAUGCCUUCUGAGAGCUGUGUCCAAAAUCAAGGACAACCCUGGCAUUGGAAAGGUGAAAGUGAUGGUAAGGAUUUGUUCCUCUCAAGGGACACACGAAACGUCUGAAUCCAUGUCCUUCCUAAAGGUAGACCCACGAAAAAAACAAAUCACAUUUUAUGAUCCAGCAGCAACUGGGCCUUCCAAUGCAGGUCACAGAAGAGGUGUUGUUGCUGUCCCAAAGAUGUUUGCCUUUGAUGCAGUUUUCCCCCAGGAUGCUUCACAGGCUGAGGUAUGCUCUGGAACAGUAGCAGAAGUAAUCCAGUCUGUUGUGAAUGGUGCAGAUGGUUGCAUAUUUUGCUUUGGUCAUGUCAAGCUUGGAAAAUCUUUUACCAUGAUUGGGAAAGAUAACUCCACACAAAGCCUUGGUAUCAUCCCCUGUGCAAUUUCUUGGCUCUUCAAAUUGAUCAAUGAACGUAAAGAAAAAACUGGAACUCGUUUCUCUAUUAGAGUAUCUGCUGUAGAGAUCAGUGGCAAAGAUGAAAACCUUAAGGAUUUGUUAGCUGAAGUAGCCACUGGCAGCCUUCAGGAUGGCCAGUCUCCUGGGGUUUAUCUGAGAGAAGAUCCAAUAUGUGGAACCCAGCUUCAAAACCAAAGUGAGCUAAGGGCCCCAACAGCAGAGAAAGCUGCCUUUUUCCUUGAUGCUGCAAUUGCUGCCAGAAGCACCAGCAAGCCUGAAUGUGAGGAGGAAGAUAGGAGGAAUUCACACAUGCUCUUUACUCUUCACAUAUACCAGUAUCGCAUGGAGAAGAGUGGCAAAGGAGGAAUGUCUGGAGGACGCAGUCGCCUGCAUCUCAUUGAUCUGGGGAGCUGUGAAAAAGUGCUGAGCAAGAGCCGAGAUGGAGGAGGCUCUCUGUGUCUGUCUCUCUCUGCCCUGGGCAACGUAAUUUUGGCCUUAAUUAAUGGUGCUAAGCAUGUGCCAUAUAAGGACAACAAGUUGACAAUGUUGUUGAGGGAAUCACUUGGAAACAUCAACUGCAGGACUACUAUGAUUGCACACAUUUCUGACUCCCCAGCCAAUUAUGCAGAGACUCUCACAACUGUUCAGCUCGCAUCACGAAUACACCGCAUGAGAAAGAAGAAAUCCAAGUAUGCAUCCAGCUCGUCUGGAGGAGAGAGUUCAUGUGAGGAAGGACAUGUCCGGAGACCGCCCCAUUUGCGACCAUUCCACCCUCGAACUGUUGCUCUUGACCCUGACCUUCCUGUCCUGAAUAUAUCCAGUGAUCCUGAUUAUUCCUCCAGCAGUGAACAGUCUUGUGAUACUGUCAUCUAUGUUGGUCCCAAUGGUGCAGCUUUGUCUGACAGGGAAUUGACAGAUAAUGAAGGUCCACCAGAGUUUGUUCCCAUUAUCCCAUCCCUAAAUAAGAAGAGAAAUAAAGAUAAUUCUGCUGUUAGUAGGAGUUCUGACAAGGACCAUUUCAAAUGCAACACUUUUGCUGAACUGCAGGAAAGGUUAGAGUGCAUUGAUGGAAGUGAGGAACCCAUGAAAUUUGCUUGUGGAGAAAUCUCUGUAGGGUCCAAUUGUAGUCCUGUUCCUGGAAGUACAGAAAAUGCACAGUCUAAGUUGAUAAAGGAAAAAGUAUCCUCUCCUUCUGGAGGACUUAAGAAACCGAUUCUGCAAGAAACUGCAUCUCCCAAAAAAGGAUAUAACCUUCCUUUCCAGUCUGUUGCACCAAGGGGUAGCAAUGGCAACUGUCAAGAAAAUAGCACAUCUCACUUGAAAGCAGAGCUUUCCAAGCUGCAGAGCAGAGCUGACAACAAAAUAAUAGACUCUGUCCUAGAGGGGGAGAGAGAGACAAUCACUGAUUCCCUGCAGACUCCAAGGUGUAGCCCUUUGAGGAAUCCAGAGCAGAAUAAGGCCACAGCUGAGUGUGUCACUAAGGAAAAGUCCUUGUACAUGAAGAGACCCUUGCCAAGCCCAGCGCCUCCCCCUCCACAGCAGAGAGAACACUCCCCAAGCUCCAAAGCUGAGAAUUUGGAGCCUGACAACAGCAAUGCAGUUCGGACUCCUCCUGUGGGAAUGAGCAAACAGAUGGGAAACAAACCUGAGCAAAACCCUUUAGGAGGAAGCACAUUCCUUGUUGGUAGCAACACGCAGAGUCAGUCGGGUGCGAUAGAGGUACACAGCUUCAGGUCAGCAUUCAGAGGGAAGUGUUUUGAUCGGGAUAUACUGACCACUACAGUGACUUUGCAGCAGCCUGUUGAGCUGAAUGGAGAGGAUGAGCUUGUUUUCACAGUGGUGGAAGAGCUCUCUAUUAGUGGAAUUAUGGAUAAUGGGAGACCUUCCAGUAUCAUUAGCUUUAACAGUGACUGCUCCCUUCAGGCCCUUGCAUCGGGUUCGAGGCCGGUCAGUAUUAUCAGCAGCAUAAAUGAUGAGUUUGAUGCUUAUACCUCACAGGAGACUUCUACUGGUGUAAAUAUUGAUAUUGUUGUGCCCUUUGCUAAGGAUCCCUUUACCAGCAGCAGACGUUCCUCCAUCAGUUCAUGGCUUAGUGAAGUCAGCAUUUGUACAAUUGAAAGUGAUGGAGCCCAGUCUAGUGACAGUUUUGUCGCACAGUCAUCUUACAACUGUAAUAAGUCUGAGGAACCCUUCAACUUGGACUCAUCCCAUUUAUGUGUCCCCCUGAAAAGUGCUCUGAAUGACAGUGGAUUUUGCUUCUCUGAGCUGGAGAGUGAGAGCUUGAGUUCCAGCAAGCUUUCCUCAGGCAUCAGUAAAAGCUCUCAAACCUCUGAAACUACCAAAGCAUCUCAGAUAAAAAGUGCUUUUUGUGUCACUGAUCAGCCAGUAAAAAUCAAAUUUAGUAAUUCUCGUGAUGCGCCUGUGAUAGAAACAAUACAUUCUAGUCUUCCUAGGAAAACAAAAACUACCUCUUCUCCAAUCCACAAUAAUACUGUCCUCAGCUAUAAAGAGCUGCAGAAUCCGCAUGGUAUAUUUGAAGAUCCUUGGCUGUUACGCACCGAUUAUCACUUGGAAGCAAAACCUGCAGAGUCACUUCUGUCUCCAAAAUCUCACACGUUUGGUACUGAGAAGCAGCCAGAAAAAGCUGCCCAGGGUUUUGGCACAGAGUCCAGGCCAACAAAGUCACAGACUAUGCUUGGCUGUUCACAGAGGGUUGUGGAUGGUUGUGAAAUGGCCUGCAAAUCCUCCAGCGGAGCUGCCAAGAAGUCAGAAAUUGCGAUGAAGAUGCCACAGCUGAAGAGAGGAGCCACCACACUGGGAGUGACGCCAGUGUCACACGCUAACAGUACUUUGCCGGAGUGUGUGAUCCGAGGGAAUUCGGAUGCUCCUCUGGCCACUGGCAGCUUGAAAUCAUCCCUGGGAAAGAAGAACGCACCACAGAAAUCAACCAUGUUGCCCAGGCCAGGUGGGCCAACACCUCCAACACCUCCAGUACGUAAAUCGAGCCUGGAGCAGAAACCUGUUGGUCUGGGCAAUGGUGGGGGGAAAGCCUCUGGCCUGGACUUUGCCAGAGCUGCCACACCAAAGGCUGAAGACGAAGCAGAUUUGCGGUUGAAAGCUGGCUCUUACUUUAGUGAAAGUGCCAGCUACAAAAUGAACUUGAAGGGUGACCACUCUUUGCCCAAGAUGACGUCCAGCUUAAAGGUGAAGGCGUCAAAGAGUGAAAGUGUGCACCGAUACGGGAGCCACAUGUCUCUGGAGAGGUGUGACAGCCUGACAUCAGUUGGAUCCAAAGCAAGCAUGGUGAGGGACAGCGGGAGCACUGGCAGCAGCCGUGCAGGGCGCUCUGUCCCCAGGCUGGGGGUCCCUCCUGUUGCUUCCAGUAUGGGCUUACCGCUGCCCUUCACUGCUCCUGCACCUGGUAAAAACAACCAGGGAAAACCCACAGCUAACCAGAAGGUGCAAGCCAAUGGGAAUAAAAACCGGGGCCUCUCUGCCAGUGGGUCAAAGUCUCUCAGCUCCUCUGUGAAGUCCCUGGCACAGCCUGCAGGGAAGGGCGCUGGCAUGGCCCCUGCUGGGAAGGCAGCCCCCCGUUCUGUGCAGCCUGUCAGCGGCAAACCCGGCCGCGGGACCAUCAUGGGCACCAAGCAGGCCAUGAGGGCGGCCAACAGCCGCGUGAACGAGCUGGUGUCGGGCGGCUCUGCCAAGGCAGGACACUUCCGAGGCUCCACCGACUCUGACAGCGGCAAUGACAGCGGCAUCAACCUCAGCGACGAGAAGUCACAGAUGCCGGUGCUGCCGUCGCCCUACAGCAAGAUCACGGCCCCGCGGCGGCCGCAGCGCUACAGCAGCGGGCAUGGCAGUGACAACAGCAGCGUCCUGAGCGGGGAGCUGCCGCCAGCCAUGGGCAGGACGGCUCUCUUCUACCACAGCGGGGGCAGCAGCGGCUACGAGAGCAUGAUUCGGGACAGCGAGGCCACCGGCAGUGCCUCCUCGGCACACGACUCCAUGAGCGAGAGCGGGAUGUCCUCGCCGGGUCGGAUGAGGAGCCUUAAAUCCCCCAAGAAACGGUCAACAGGUCUCCAGCGGCGCAGACUGAUUCCUGCACCAUUGCCAGAUGCUGCCUCCUUAGGAAGAAAACCCAGUGUCACUGGCCAAUGGGUUGAUCUACCACCUUUGCCAGGCACUUUGAAAGAGCCAUUUGAAAUUAAAGUUUAUGAGAUUGAUGAUGUGGAACGAUUACAGCGACACAGACAAGAGGAAACUGAGCCUUUCCAGGAUGUUGAGAAGGGUCUGAUGUAUUUCCAUACCAAGCUGAAGAUACUAGAGAGGCGCCAGCAGCGAAUCAGGGAAAUAAAGGCAAAGCACGAAUUUCUGAAGGAAGAGUUAGAAGAGACAAAGUGCAGGUUGAUGAUGGAUCCAAACAAGUGGAAGGAAGAUUUUGAAGUGGAUCCUGAUCUGGAUAAGGAGUCACAGGAGUACCUGGAGGCACUGGAACAAGUGACAGAGGAGCUGGAGCAGUGUGUUAAUCUGUGCAAGUCACACAUCAUGAUAGUGACGUGCUUUGAUAUCGGGAUCAGCGAUGCGCAGGACGGAGUGCGGGAGGUGGAGGUUUGAGGAGAGGUUUCUCAAGGGACUGGGCAAGUGAGGCUGGGUCGUCCAGCAUGAAGAAGUAAACGGAUAAAGUAGCUGGGAAGUGAAGGAGGAAAGGUGAAGACUAAAAAGCAACAAUGAAUGUUGUAAGAGAAAGAAACAGCUGAGGAGUGGGAAUGUUCAUAAAUCAUUUGGUGCCUCAACGUGACCUGAGCUGUACAAAGGUAAAAGUAGGAACAAGUGUUGCUUCUACCAGAGGGAAGUGAAGCAAUUUAGUACAAACCCUGAUGUUAAUUAACAAACAAACAUGAAAUGGAAGUGCCUUUAAAGUUCAUUUGAUUUUCAUUUUUGUAUUUGGUGCUAGAAUUAAAGCCAGCAAACCUAAGCAGACCACAAAAUGUAUUCCUACAAAAUAUUUUAUACUGUAUAGUGUAUUUAUGACUAUAUGUAAAAACAAACAACAUUGUAGCAAAAGCAAUAAGUAAAUUAUGUUUUCAUACCUGAACUUGCCUUCUUGUUUCAUAGAAAAGCUGUUUUAUGUAGCAGAAUUAAAAUUGUAUUAUAAUUGUUUUCUUGUUUAGGGUUCAAAAUAUUUUUAUGAACAUUUAUCUAUUGAGAAGGAGUAUUAUGGCAUUUUGAGAUGAUUGUUUUACCUUCAGGUUUUGUAUUAUUGCUUUUUCAGAUCAAAAUAAAUGUUUGUUUUCCAUUUUAUAUAUACAUAUAUAGAUAUAUAUUAACUGCUUACCUACUUCCUUGGUUACUAACCUCACUUUUCAUAGACCUGGUCUUUUUUGGAAUCGUAAACUUUAUGUGAGGAAGUCUACAAAGGGCACUGUGGUUUGUUUUGGUUUUCUUUUUUCCUCUCUGACUGCAGGAAUUGAGAAUUAUGUUUAUUACCAAAACCAUAAAACAAGCAAAAAAAAAGGAGCAAAAAGUUUUUGUAAAUGUUAAGUUAGGUCCAUAUUUUUAUAUAGUUUUGACUAUAAAUAUAGCAUUUGCAUUUUGAACUUUUAAGACAAAUAGUAUAUCUUUUUACAGUUUUUCUAAGGAAGGCAAACCCUCAGGAUCAAGUUUAUACAUGCUGCAUGAGAUUUGUGCUUUUUUGAAGGAGGCCACUUAAGUGUGGAAACUAUUGAUAAAUUGUUGCCAAACAAAUACUUUUGAAAAGGUUUAAUAGUGUAUGUAAUACCACAUUUCAUAAUGAAUCAUAUUUUCUAAUCAUCUUCCUUUUUAUGGUUUUUUCAAAUCCUUUGUAUAAAUAUGUAUUAUAACAGCUUGCUUCAGUUUUUAUCUGUGAAUAAAAGAUACAUCUAUUGUUACAA